UUUGAGACCGCAAACUCUUUGACUUGCCCCAUGCUGCGCAAAGGUGCGUCGACCCUUCGAUACGUCAUUGGCCGCAGAGCUCCACGCGGAGCGAUUGCCGCGUUGCCGCUCGGUGCUUCAUCCACCAAGUCCUCGGCGAACUUGAUUGCCGUCUCGGCGCUUUUAAGUGCCGUGGCAUUCACUUCGGCCGCCGCGACGACCAACGACGCGAUCAACAAGUGGGACUUGGUCGACAAAUCUCAAUGCUCGGUCGACGACUUUUUGUACCCGAGCAUCGAGCCGUACAAAACGGGGCGGCUCCAAGUGUCCAAGACGCACUCGUUGUACUACGAAGAAUGCGGGAACCCGAAUGGCAAGCCCGUGAUUCUUGUGCACGGUGGUCCGGGAGGAGGUUGCACUCCAAUCAUGAACCGGUUUCACGACCCAGCGGUGUACAGAAUCAUUGCCCUGGACCAGCGCGGCUCGGGCCGCAGUCUUCCCCAUGCAUCGCUCGAGGACAACACAACGUGGCACCUGAUCGCCGACAUGGAGUCGUUGCGCGAGCACCUGAAGAUUGAUAAGUGGCAAGUCUUCGGUGGUUCAUGGGGCAGCACGUUGUCUACCGCGUACGCCGAGAUGCACCCGUCCCGCGUGACUGAGUUGGUUUUGCGCGGCAUCUUCCACAUUCGCGACAAAGAAAUCCAAUUUUACUACCAGCACGGCGCCAACUUUCUGUACCCCGAUCGAUGGGAAGCGUACCGCGAUGCGAUUCCCGAAGACGAGCGCCACGAUUUCUUGACGGCGUACCACAAACGUCUUACAAGUCCCGACGAGAACGUGCGCUUGGCGGCGGCGCUCGCAUGGACGACGUGGGAGCUAUCCACGAGCAACCUCAAGCCCCCGGCCGAUGCCGUCGACAAGUCCAUGAACGAUGCACGCUUCGCCGAAGCUUUCGCCCGCAUUGAGAACCACUACUUUGUCAACAAAGGAUUCUUCCCCACGCCAAACUUUUUGAUCGACCAAGUGCACAAAAUCCGCCACAUCCCGACCGUCAUCGUCCAGGGCCGGUACGACGUCGUGUGCCCGAUGGUCACUGCAUGGGAAUUCCACAAGGCAUUCCCGGAAGCAGACCUCCGCGUGGUGCAAACGGCGGGCCAUUCCGCGGGCGAACCCGGCAUUGCUGCCGAAUUGGUGCGCGCCACCGACAAGUUCAAACACAACAAGCCCUGAGCCACGAACGAGUAAUGAUAUGGAUGCUCAACCAUGUUAUGCCCAUGUGUCGUCGUCGGUCUAUUUUCGUUUUUGCUUCUUUGCCUUGUGAAUGCGAUUGCGGCGGUCCUCGACCUCGUCCUCGUAGUCGCCGUACUUGGCGCUGCGGUCUUCCUCGC